AUGACUUUCCAACAAAGAAUUAAAAGUUCCACUACAACGAGUAUAAAUCAUAUUCACUCUGUUGGGAUUAUUAAUUGUGAUUCUUUGAAUAUUUCCUCUAAUUACUCAAACACCGUAUCUACCAUCACCUCUCGUAAACGAAGAAAUACUCUUCACAUCCUUAUUCAUGCAACUAUUCAAUUGCUCUCUCCACCCCUAACUUCACCUACCGCAAUUAGUUCUCCAAAUCUUGUUAAACAAGAACAUUGUUCAUCACCAUCGUCUAUUCUUUCGAACGACGAGUCUUCAUAUGUCUCUUUCCCUGAAUUUGAGACUUAUGAUUACAAUGACGUUAAUGAUUUAAGUAUCAAUAAUGCGAUGGUUCAAAUGGAACAAUUUGAUGAAAUGUUUGUAAACGGUGUUAAAGUUCCCUCUACUCAUCUUGACUAA